AUGACAACAAUACCCCCCUUCCCCUUCCCACCAACCUACAAUUUCCCCCCUUCUUCACCCCGCAACCAAACACAACAACCCGCCAGUCACAGCUCGAGAAAUGACGCCGUUGAAACUCCGCUCUUCCACAACACAGCCCUGCGCAAGCGCCUCGAUAUGCGCGAUGCCCGCGAGGUCAUCGACUGGAUGACCAAGAGCGAAGAGGAAGGCGGCGGUGGGCGGCGAGCGGAGUGGAUCUCUGAUGCGGGCGGUGCGUCGUCUUCAGUGAGCUUGAUAAAUGGUGCUGGGCAGGGGCCGAAGUCUGUUGCAUGGAUUUGGUGGAGGAGGCCUGAAGAGUGGGCGGAUGUGUUAGUUGAGUGGGUUGAGAGCACUGGGCAGAGGGGAUCGGUUCUGACGGUCUAUGAGCUGAUCCAUGGGGAGGGGGCUAUGUCGCAAGAGUUCCAUGGUAUGGAUACUGAUGUCAUGCUGCGCUCGCUGAAUGUCUUGGUUAAGAGGGGCAGGGCACAGGUUUUUGGUGGUGAAGGCCAGGAGGGUGUUAAGUUCUUUUGA